AUGAACGCCAAAGCCUUCGUCAGCAGCGUGCAGUCCACUUUGCAGAAGGCAAAGGACGUCAAGGACGAGGAGAAGCUGUACAAAUACAACGGGGUGUUGUACCCGCUCCUCAUGUGCCCCGAGGUUAACCUAAAGGCUCUAGAGAACUUCAGAGCCAGAGAGGACGACAUCAUGCUGGUGGCAUAUCCCAAAUGUGGUUUUAACUGGAUGGUGGGGGUGCUGAGGAAGAUCAUUGCAGUGACCACAGAGAUGAACAUGGAACAAAGGAUGCCGCCGCUGAUCGAGUUUUUUGGACCGGACGUCAUGAAGGUAAUCACAGAGACUCCCUCUCCGAGGUUUCUGGGGACUCACCUGCACCCAGACAACCUGCCCGCUUCCUUUGAGGAGAAGAAAACUAAAAUGCUGGUGAUCUUCAGGAACCCUAAAGACACUUUGGUCUCCUUUUUUCAUUUCUCCAACAACAACCCGGUCCUCCCGUCCGAGUCCUGGGAGUCUUUCUACUCCCACUUCCUGAGUGGAGACGUUCCCUGGGGGUCAUAUUUUGAGCACGCUCUGGCCUGGGAGAAGAAGAUGGACGACCCUAACGUGAUGAUCGUCACCUAUGAGGAGCUGAAACAGGAUCUGAGCGAGGGCGUGCGCCAGAUCACCACCUUCUUUGGCUUCAGCCUGACGGAGGCGCAGGUGCAGCAGAUCUCAGACGGGAGCACCUUCAGCGCCAUGAAGGAGAAUUCCAUCAACUCCCAUGGUGCCAUGGGAAACAUCAUCUUCAGAAAAGGCGAGGUCGGGGACUGGAGGAACCACUUCACACCAGAACAGAGCCAGCAGAUGGACGACGCCUUCAACAAACACCUGGCAGGAACCAGGCUGGGAGCCAAACUCAACUACCAACAGCAUUGUCAGUAGGCAGAGAAGAGGAUAAAGGAAGAAAGUGUGUAGAAGAAGAGAGCGCUCCCAGGGGCCCAAAGUGUCCCUCCACCCUCAGAGUGUGACCUACACACCGGGAGGAGACUUAUAAUGACCAUAGAGAGACUUAAAGACUGCAGAGACACAAAAAGACCAACACCACUACAAAGAGAUGCAAACACUCACAACGACUAUAAAAAGGGACAAAACAACCAGAAAGAGACACAAAAAGAGAAAAUGAAGAAAGAGGGGGCUAGAAGGGAACAGGUGCAUUAUGGGCAAUUGAGUUCUACAUUAAAGGAGUUUCACAUUUUUCAGCCAAGAAAUAUUCUGGCACAAAACCCGAAUCAGAAAAUUCUUCUUCUUUGAAUCUUCACCAGAAAGCAAAUGAACAUAUUUCCCAACAUGUAGAAGUCGUCCUUUAAACACCUGGUGAGCAGCCUCAUGUGGGUCCACCUGUGUGCACCAUGGAGACACAUGUCAGAGAAUACAAACACACUGUUCAUCAACACAGGAAAUAUAUCUGCUGCAUUUAAAUGCUGAAAGCAGAACAGGAGGAUUUCAACGUCACGCUCCACCUGAACAACUACGACAGAGGUCGCAGGUUGUUUGCAGCUUGCGUCACUUUGGAGAAGCAGAAAAUGCUCAUUGGUUUAAGGAAAGGCCCGUCUAUCUGUUUGGCACAUUUCAUACACAAAGGGCUUUAUAUAAAGUAUAAAAUGGCAUCAUACGAAACAAACAAGACAAUUUAAAGAUAAGAAACAUUCACCUCCAACAGCCUGAAUGUCUUUUCUCUGUAGCUUUAACACGUGCCCCCC